AUUCCCUCAACAGUUCUGAUAUUUAUCAAUAACUAAUAAUCCCUUGAUAUGAUAUGUAUGUUACAUACAACUCCGUCAUUAGUAAAAAACGUCAUUCCCGUGCAAGCAGAGAUUUCCUCAAAAGGCAGCGGCAGGCCUAGUAGUAGUGCCCAAACAGGCUAGCCCCCUCCGCGCCCGGCAUUGGCCAAGUUAGUGAACGGCUGUUGGUUGGCUGUGGCUGUGGCUGUGGUUGGCUGAUGCUUCCUCUUCCCCAUAACAUCCCCAUCGACAAUUAAUAAUAAUAAUCGACAACAUCACACACCCUUCUCAUCCUCAUCCUCGCAUUGAGUCGCUUGUUCUUCCCAACACAUAUACUUGACUCUAAUACUAUAUAUAACCCCGCUUCUUAUUCCCCCUCCACGUGUUGUCCUUAUCGCCGACUUACCCAGACAGCCCAGGCAGAGACAGCUUGUGGAAUUGGACUAGGUCGCCUUACUCCUCCAAAUAACUACCCAAUCCAGGCCUCUCUCUCUCCGCACUUCUCGAACGAUCCAACCCCAGCAGUUCUUCCCCUGCCGCCAACCUCUAUUAUAAAUCCCUUCCCGCCCGUCCCCUCCCUCUCCCUCUCCCCCUCCGCUUUCCCUCUAUUGUGGUGUACAUCCUCGCCUGAGCGGUUACGUCUGAGAUAUGGCUACCCGAAAGAAGCUCCUCUUGAAGGUCAUCGUCCUUGGUGAUAGCGGCGUGGGAAAGACGAGUUUGAUGAACCAAUAUGUCAACAAGAAAUAUAGCUCAAGUUACAAGGCGACGAUCGGGGCGGACUAUCUUACAAAGGACGUUUUGGUGGAUGACCGAUUGGUGACACUGCAGCUUUGGGAUACGGCCGGGCAGGAGCGAUUUCAGUCGCUAGGGGUGGCAUUCUACCGCGGAGCCGAUUGCUGUGUUUUGGUAUACGACGUGAAUAAUUCCAAAAGCUUCGAGACCUUGGAUAGCUGGCGGGAUGAAUUCCUCAUCCAGGCGAGCCCGCGGGACCCUGAAAGUUUUCCCUUUGUCGUGCUGGGGAAUAAGAUCGACGUGGAAGAAAGCAAAAGAAUGAUAUCUUCAAAACGAGCCACGACAUAUUGUCAGUCCAAAGGGAAUAUUCCUUACUUCGAAACUAGCGCCAAAGAGGCGAUCAAUGUCGAGCAGGCCUUUGAAGAAAUCGCGAAGAGCGCUCUGGUGCAGGAAGAAUCAGAAGAGUACAGCGGAGAUUUUGCUGAUCCCAUUAACAUCCACCUUGAUAACGAUCGUGACAGCUGUGCCUGCUAAUAUUUUCCAUUCCAUCAAGUCUUACCCAUACCCCCCCAUGCCUGAUAACCUUAGACUGUCAUCUACGCAUCAAUCACCCGUUGGAAAGUAUCUUGUUUUUGCACCUUUCCCAAAGUCCUGUGGAAGAUGUUUUUUCAGUGAGGCGUCCUCCCUUUGUUACGUGGAAAUAUUGUUCUACUUUUCUCCAUGAGCAUUUCUCAUCUUUCUUCCGUCUUUUCCUUUUCCCCUUCCCCACUUGUUCUGUUCAUCUUGGUGUUCCUGGCGUUUUUGUCAAUACUUUUUGAUAUUGCUACCUAUAUAGUUUCUCGCUAUACUUAAUUCAUUCCCACCCUCUCGAGAAGUUGACAGAGCGGGGUUUUUUCUGAACAUACAUGUGGAUAUUGAACGGAGCCAGUAAUGUAUUGAAUUUUUAUUCUUUAUUUUGGAAAUAUAAAGGCCCAGCAGGCCAUGCCUCGAGAAAUAGAGUUUGGAAAGUUA